CUAAUCAUGGCAGGAUUGCUGGAUUUGGGCCUAAUAGAAAGCAUCUUGUCCAUAUGCAAGACCAUCUACCAGAAGGCGGAGAAUGUGAAGGCCAACAAGGAGCGCUGCCAGCGGGUUGCCCAGAGAGUCAAAGGACUAGAAGAACUGGUUCUAACCAUCAAACAAAGGGGUCCGGGUCAAGUCUCUGUCACUGUGGCAAACGCACUGAAGGAACUCAGCACCACUCUGGCCUCUGCCAAUGCGAUGAUGGUGAAAUAUUCCCAAACUAAAGCUUUUAAGAACUUCCUGAGGUCCGACAGCCAUGAGGACAUCUUCUGCAAGAUUAAUGAAAGCCUCACUUAUAACUUCCAGAUCCUUUCUGGGGCUCUACAGAUCGAGCAUGGGAACAUACUGCAAAAAGUAUAUGAAACUGUUUCUGUAAGGAGACAGGAUGAAGAGUAUUGCAGUGUACAAGAUAGCCCCACUACUAGCCCCACAACUCCCAUGCCUCUCCCCAGCACCAUGCCCCCCAAUCCAAUGUGUAUCCCCACAACUCCCAUGCCUAUGCCUGUCCCCAGCAUCAGGCCACCCAUGCAGAUGUCUAGCCCCACAACUCCCAUGCUUAUGCCUCUCCCUAACAUCAUGCCCCCCAUGCAGAUGUCUAGCCCAACAACUCCCAUGCCUAUGCCUGUCCCCAACAUCAUGCCCCCCAUGCCACGGUCUGUCCCCAUGGCUCAUAUGCCUGUCCGCUGCAUCGUAUCCCCAAGACCAAUGUCCGUCGCCACAGUUCGCAUGUGUCUACCUGGAACCAUGGCCCCCAACCUCGUCCUCAGGACCAAUGCCCCGCUGCAAGCACCUAUUGCCACAAUGACAACACAAAAUAGAUUUGUUGUAGGCAGUUAUGUGGUCAGAAACCAUUAUCCUUGAAACAAUGAGAAAAUUGGACAAAGAAAGAUGAUCAGGAGAAAAGUCUUUCUCCAUAUCUGCAGAGCUCAUACCUGCGGACGCCCCCUGCGUCAAAAGUUUAAUUACCACAAACUCAAGUGUGUAAGUUCAAGAAACAUUCCUGAUCAAGUACUUUUUACUAUAUAUUUUGUUUUCACAGUACAAAUGAAAAUUAUAAAAUGAAGUCAGUGUCACCUAAACUUUACACAAAAUUGCAACAUAUUUAUGUCCGUACUCAUGCAUUUAUAUACAUAUAUUUUUUACCAUUUGGCACUUUUUGGGUGUCAAUUUUCAACUCUGACAGAGACAGAACAGAAGGUCUGCUGUGGGGAAAGUUGUGAUACAUUGUAUAAAUGGGUUUGUUGCAACAAAACAUACAGAAAGUGCAAAGGUAAAAGCAGAGCUUAAGUUCAAAUUAAAAACAUGACUAAGCCAAAACUAUAUUAUGCAUUUUUAUUAACCCAGAAAACAGCCUCCUUUGCUCCAGUGGGAACCCCCUCACAAAUUUCUGUGUCAUAAUAAAAGGAAAAAACUCAAAACUCUUCACUAAAAAAGAAUUUCCCACAGAAACUAUCAUAAACUGGUUAAUGAUUAAGUGUCAUGGAUUGCGAAGGAUCACUACAUUUAAAACCCCCGGAGGGAGGACAGCACUGAACUAACGAGAGAUUUUCUUCUUCUUUGUUUUACUGUUUGAAGUAUGUUGCACCACCAAUGUCUGUUCAGUACAUGUUUACAUAGGCAUUUAUUCUGUUUGUAUUUAAUAUAUUUACUUCUAUUAUUGUUUUUAUGUGAAGCAUAAGUUCAUAUGUUUAUUAUUAUUAUGGAUAUGAUAUUUGCCAACAAGACACAUAAGUUUCAUAGCAGCGUUAAUGGGUUGUGAGUCAAUAUUACAAUUUAGAAAGA